CUCCCAAAACCCCAAUCCCAAACAAACAACCCCAAAAAUGCAAUCUUUCCAACUCCAAACCCUCUCUUCCUUCACCACCUUCCUUCCAAUCCCACCAAAACCCUUCCUUAAACCCCACAAAUCCAUCAAAUUGAAGCCCCAUCUCCUCCGCUCCUACUCCUCCGACGAGUAUCCCGUUGGCGACGACGACGCAUUCCUCGCCUCCUUCGGCCCAAAGGAGAAGGAGUCCGAAGAGGAAGCUCGGAGAAGGAACUGGGUCGAGAGGGGCUGGGCUCCCUGGGAAGAAAUCCUCACCCCCGAAGCCGAUUUCGCUCGCAAAUCCCUCAAUGAAGGCGAGGAGGUGCCUCUUCAGUCCCCUGAAGCCAUCGAGGCUUUCAAAAUGCUCACUCCCAAGUACAGGAAGCAGAAGGCUGCUGAAAUGGGCCUCACGGAGGAUGAGUUUUUCGCAAAGCAGUUUGAGAUUAAGGGUGAGAUUCCCGAGCCACUCGAGCCGUUGUGGAGUGGGCCGCUGGUGCUGGGACUGGUUCCUCCCAGGGACUGGCCUCCUAGGGGGUGGGAGGUCGACAAGAAGGAGUUGGAAUUUAUUCGAGGUGCACAUAAGAUCUUUUCGGCUUUGAGAGUGGAUCCGGAGAAGGUGGAGGAGCGGUUGGAGAAAGGGACGGAGAUGGAGGAUAUGUGUUUGGAGAGGUAUAAUAUGUUCCUGAAGCAGUACAAUGAGUGGGUGGAGGCGAACGAGGAUCGGUUGGAGGAGGAAUCCUAUGAGGUUGAUCAAGAUUAUUAUCCUGGCAGAAGGAAAAGGGGAAAGGAUUACAAUGAGGAAAUGUAUGAACUUCCGUUCUAUUACCCUGGACUGAUAUGUUCAGGUAAAGUAACUGCAGUACAUCUUUAUCAAGGAGCAUUUGUUGACAUUGGAGGUGUUCACGACGGGUGGGUUCCUAUAAAGCGUAAUGAUUGGUACUGGAUCCGACAUCACAUUAAAGUUGGGAUGCUCGUCCUUGUUGAGAUUACAGCUAAACGAGAUCCCUAUCGCUUUCGAUUUCCUAUAGAGAUGCGGUUUGUCCAUCCGAAUAUAGAUCACCUAAUUUUCAAUAAAUUUGACUUUCCCCCUAUAUUUCACCGAGACGAUGAGAAUCCAGAUGAACUACGUCGUGAUUGUGGAAGACCUCCAAUUCCUAGAAAAGAUCCUGGAAUUAAGUGGGAAGAGGAACCUUUAUUAUCAAACCACCCAUACGUCGAUAAGCUAUGGCAGAUACAUAACGCUGAACAAAUGAUAUUGGAUGAUGUGGAUGCAAAUCCUAAUAAAUAUAAAGGCAAACGCUUAUCAGAAUUGACCGACGAAGAAGAAAUUGAUGAAGAAAACUGCGCAGAGUACGGAAAAGCUAAAUACAAGAACACUACAGUUCCCAGAAUGACUUUGAAAGUAAGUGUAAAGGAACUUGAUUUGGAAGCUGCACAAGCUGAGCGUCAGCUGCAUAACAAACUAAGGAAAGAAGCCGAAGAACGUGGGGAGACGUAUAAGAUUACUAAGCUGAGGCGCAACGAGGAAAUGGAUGAAUACGACCUUAUCCAUUGGCGAAGAUCAUUCGAAGAAAGAGAAACUCUUCUCCGAGAUAUAAGCUGCCGUCGAGCUCUGGGGCUUCCGUUGGAAGAGCCAGGCAGGUACGUUGACCCGAGUUUCUUCGGAAAAGACCAAUACGACCCUGAUAGCGCGUUGUAUCGUUAUGACUACUGGGGGGAGCCAAAGAACUCUGAGAAGAGCAAGCAAGAGCGCAUGACGGAUACUCACAACAAAUCCAUCGUUGGCAAAGGAACGGUUUGGUAUGAAAUGUCGUAUGAGGAUGCUGUCAAGCAGCAACAGCAGAGGGAGAAACUCGGGCUCAAGCCCGAGGAGUGUGAAGCAGAAGAGUCGGACAGGGACCCCGGAGAGGAAGAUGAUGACGACAGCGAUGAGGAGGACUUUGAUUACAGCAUUCUGAGUUCUACGAGUGCCGGGACUGCGUCUAACCAGCCUCAUGUCAAUGGCACUGAGUCUCCGAGACUGUCGGAUGAAGGAAUGUUUGAGGAUUAGUUUUGAGCUGAGGUUGAGAUAUCAAUUUUUGUAGCUGUAUAGAAUUUGGACUGUAUUUUGGCCGUGCCCAUAUGCAUAAACUAUGUAGUAAAUCUCAUAUAUUUGAUGGCCACUUACUAUUUUUUUUUUC